GUCUGCACAAACCAAGGAGUUGGUCAAGAGCAAUUGCUCUUUGAGGACCUCUGCCGGUAUCAGUUUCGCUCGAUUUCUGUUCGGUCUGCUCUUUUGGGUAUUCACCUACGUAUUCCUCAAUAUGAAGACGGUGGUCUGUGCUGCGGGUAUCGGUGCGUGGUACUUCCCAGGUGGUGAUGGAGAGCCGACCAUACCUGCAAUGAGGGGUCUCCAAUGGGCCUUCACAUCGAGCUCGGGGGCUGUCAUGUUCGCUGCUACUAUCGUGGGUGUUACUCGGUUCAUACUCAACCGUAUCG